AUGCAAGAACUACAUGCCUUAUGCACCGUAGCUUUUGUUGUCAUUGAGGUUGUCUUGAAAAGGUCUGGAGAGAUUGUUAGUCGGUAUUUCAAUGAUGUCUUAAAGGCUGUGUUGCGUCUGCAAGCCAAUUUACUCGUCACACCAAAUCUUAUAACUGAAGCAAGCACCAAUCCAAGGUGGAAUUGCUUCCAGGUAAUGGAUUUGUCUGGAGAGAUUGUUAGUCGGUAUUUCAAUGAUGUCUUAAAGGCUGUGUUGCGUCUGCAAGCCAAUUUACUCGUCACACCAAAUCUUAUAACUGAAGCAAGCACCAAUCCAAGGUGGAAUUGCUUCCAGAAUUGUCUUGGAGCACUCGAUGGCACCUAUAUUAAAGUUUGUGUACCUGUGGUUCAUCAAGCAAGGUAUAGGACAAGAAAAGAAGAGAUUGCUACUAAUGUUUUGGGAGUUUGCUCCCGAGACAUGAAUUUCAUAUAUGUGUUGCCGGGGUGGGAAGGGUCAGCGGCUGACUCAAGGGUUUUAAGAGAUGCAAUCAAUCGACCCAAUGGCUUAAGGAUCCCAAAUAGUUACUAUCACCUAGUGGAUGCGGGGUAUACGAAUGGGAAAGGAUUCUUAGCACCUUACCGUGGUCAGCGAUACCAUUUGUCUUUUUGGAGAGAAGGAGCAACGCCAAAUAAUUACCAAGAAUAUUUCAACAUGAAACAUGCAUCAGCCAGGAAUAUCAUAGAAAAGUGUUUUGGAAUGUUGAAAAUGAAAUGGGCUAUACUUCGCAGUGCAUCAUACUAUCCCAUUAAAACCCAAAAUCGAAUUAUCACAGCAUGUUGCUUGUUACACAACUUCAUUCGACGAGAGAUGGUAGUUGACCCUCUAGAGGAUGAUCCAGACUUAGCGGAUGCCUUAGAAACUCAACCCCCAAUGGGAGAUGAUUUUAUUGAGACUGGUGAGACAUCUAACGAGUGGACUGAGUGGCGGGAUACAUUUGCAAUGCAAUUGUACAACAAUUGGUUGGCUAAUGGAGGGGCUGGAUAA